CCGAGGUGAGGGGGGGGGUGAAGAGGCAGCAGCAGUAGCAGCGAAGAUGGCGCCGCCAGCGCGACGUGUCCGCCGCGGUGCCGUGAUCAGCACCGCUCUGCUCUGCUGCUUCUUCUUCUUCCUCGCCUCGCUGGGCCUCGUCAACGGCGAGGACAGCAACAACGGUAUCCAGCACGACCGCAACAGAGGCGCGCCGCGCGAGGGCGAGGCGGCUCCCCCCGUUGACGCUGACCAGGCGGUCGGAGUGGCCGUGGCGCAGCCGGCGGCAGGCCGUGGCCCCGACGGGGCGGCUGCGCCUCCCCCCCCCAACAACGCGCCCCGGAGGCCGAUGCAGAAGCGAGGCCCCCAGGGCCCCGCGUGGAAGAUCGCGGAGGAGGCGGCGUGCACCGACGACGUCAAGCACCUGUGCCCCAAGAAUACGUGGGGCAACAACUUCGCGGUGCUCGAGUGCCUGCAGGACAACCCCGAGGUGGACGAUAAGAUAUCCCCGGACUGUCAUCACCUGCUGUGGAAUUACAAGCACAACCUCACGACGGACGAGCGGUUUGACGUGGCGGCGGGGGAAGUGUGCAAGACCGCCCUGCAGGAGCUCAAGGAGUGCCAGGGCCAGGAGCGUGGCAAGGGCUACCUCAUCUCGUGCCUCAUCGACAACCGGCCCAACAUCACCGACUACCAGUGCCACCAGUUUGUGACGCGCAUGACGAGCAUCGUGUUCAGCGACUACCGCAUGAUCUGCGGCUUCGUGGAGAACUGCAAGCAGGACAUCAACCGGCUGCAGUGCGGACGCAUCGGAGCCGACCCCAAGGACCUCCACUCGCAGGGCGCGGUCGUGAGCUGCCUGGAGAAGGCCCUGACGGACGAGAACGAGCAGAACCAGGGUCCGCAUCUCCAGGAGGAGUGCAAGAAGUCGAUACUGCGCGUCGCCGAGCUUUCGUCGGACGACUUCCACCUCGACCGGCAGCUCUACUUCGCCUGCCACAGCGACCGCGAGCGCUUCUGCGAGAAGGUCACCGCCGGGGAGGGCCGCGUCUACAAGUGUCUCUUCAACCACAAGUUUGAGGAUGACAUGACCGACAAGUGCCGAGUGGCGCUCACCAUGCGGCAGAAGCUCAUUACCCAGGACUACAAGGUGAGCUACUCGCUGGCGAAGGCGUGCCGUGCCGACCUCAAGAAGUUCCGCUGCACGGGGGAGAACCUUCCGCGGGCUCGCGAGGCCCGCCUCUCCUACUUGCUGCUCUGCCUCGAGUCUGCGGUGCACAAAGGGCGGCAGGUGAGCAGCGACUGCCAGGCCGAGAUGCUCGACUUCCGGAGGAUGCUCAUGGAGGACUUCUCGCUGAGCCCCGAGAUCAUGCUCAGCUGCCGCGGCGAGAUCGACAGCCGCUGCUCGGGCCUGCACCGCAAGGGCCGCACGCUGCACUGCCUGAUGCGCGCCGUGCGCGGGGAGGACGGCAAGGCGCCGCUCGGCCAGAGCUGCCAGACCGCCCUCCAGGAGCUGGUUCAGGAGGCAAACCCCGGAGCGGACUACCGCAUCGACCGGGCGCUCAACGAGGCGUGCGAGUCCGUCAUCCAGACGGCGUGCAAACACAUCCGCAACGGGGACCCCAUGAUCCUCUCCUGCCUGAUGGAGCACCUGUACACCGACCACAUGGUGGAGGACUGUGAGCAGAAACUCCUGGAGCUGCAGUACUUCAUCUCCAGAGACUGGAAGCUGGACCCCAUCCUGUACCGGCACUGCCAGGGCGACGCGGCGCGUCUUUGCCACACGGUGGGCUGGAACGACACCUCCGAGACCCUGCCGCCCGGGGCCGUGUUCUCCUGCCUCUACCGGCACGCGCACCGCACCGAGUCUCAGGGCCGCCGGUUGUCCCGCGACUGUAAGCACGAGGUGCGCCGCAUCCUGCAGCAGCGUGCCCUGGACGUGCACCUGAACCCCGAGCUGCAGGAGAGCUGCCUGGCCGACCUGGGCAAGUGGUGCUCUGAGAAGCCGGGCAAGGAGCUGGAAUGCCUGCAGGACAAGCUGGACGAGCUGCUGAAGCCGUGCAAGGACAUUGUGACCAACCUCACGGAGAUGGAGUCCGAGGACAUUGAGAUUGAAGCGCUGCUCAUGAGGGCGUGCGAGCCCAUCAUUCAGGCGUACUGCCACACCGUUGCGGAUGACAAGGGUGAAACGGACGACCUGAUGGAAUGCUUGGUGGAGAACAAGCAUCAAAAAGAAAUCAACGAAAAGUGCUACAUCGGCAUUACGCAUUUCCAGCUGAUCCAGAUGAAGGAUUUCCGAUUUUCGUUCAAGUUCAAGACGGCCUGCAAGGAAGACGUUCUCAAGCUGUGUCCGAACAUACGGAGAAAGUCGGACGUGGUGUUUUGCCUGAGCAGCAUGGUGCGCAACGACACGCUGCUGGAGAGCAAGGACCAGCGUGUGUCCGUCAAGUGCCGCAAGCAACUGCGCGUCGAGGAGCUCGAGAUGACGGAGGACCUGCGGCUCGACCCGGAACUGAGUGAAACUUGUGAGCCUGACAUCAAGAAGUUCUGCAAAGAGGCCUCCUUUGGGAAUGCUCAGGUGCUCGAGUGCCUGAAGGACAAGCGGAAAAACCUCAGCCCCAAGUGCCACGAGAAGAUCUUCAAGCGUGAGGAGCAGGAGAUGUCUGAUCCCGAGAUGGACUACACGCUCAUGCGGGUUUGCAAGCAGAUGAUCAAGCGCUUCUGCUCCGAGUCGGACCCUCGCGACAUCAUGCAGUGCCUGAAGCAGAACAAGCACAGCGAGGUCAUGGACCCCAAGUGCAAGCAGAUGAUCACCAAGCGGCAGAUCGUGCAGUACUCAGACUAUCGGCUGAACCCCAUCCUCAAGAAGUCGUGCAAAGGAGACAUCCCCAAGUUCUGCAAGGCUGUGCUGGAGCAGGAGAAGAACGACGAGGAGUUGGAAGGAAAGGUCAUCUCGUGCCUCAAGCUCAAAUACGGCAAACAGCGUAUGUCCAUGGACUGUGAGGACCAGAUCCGCCUUGCCAUCCAGGAGUCUGCUAUGGACUACCGCCUGGACCCUCAGUUGCAAAUGCACUGCGGCGACGACAUUUCGAAGCUGUGCGCCGACGAGGCUGCGGCGCAGGAGCAGGCGGGGCAGGUGGAGGAGUGCCUCAAGAUCAACCUGCCCAAGAUCAAGAGCGAAGGCUGCCGCACGGAGGUCUUCAACAUCCUGCAGGAGAGCAAGGCGGACGUGUUCGUCGACCCCGUGCUGCACACGGCCUGCUCGCUCGACCUCAAGCACUACUGCGGGGGCGUGGCGCCCGGGGAGGGCAAGCAGAUGUCAUGUUUACUCGAAUCACUGGAUGACAAGACAGUCCGUCUGCAGCCCGAGUGCAAGAAGCGGCUGGUCGACCGCAAGGAGAUGUGGGAGUAUGCAGCCAAGGUGGUGCCUCCCGACAGCUUGGGGGAGCUUGCCAAGACGGUCUACGACUCCCCGUCGCGCACGUACUUCCUGAUCGUCAUCCUCGCCACCAUCUGCGUGCUCUUUGCCUUCGGCCUGCUGUGCGGCCGCAUCACCAAGCGCGUGGCGCGCGAUGUCAAGGACAGGUAGAACGCCAGCCAGCCAGCCAGCUCGCUCGCCCAGACCAGUCAACGAUCCUACGCCACGCGUUUGUUGCGUCGAUACACGCCAGCGAUGUGCGUGCGUUUGUUCUCCUUUUUCUGACUCUUUCGUUGUCUACUGCGGUCUCUUCCUUCCUCUUUCCACUGCCGCUGUCUGUUGCUCCUCUCGUUUUCUGCUAUCGCGCUCUCACUGUGUCCGUCUAACUUUAACUUGCUUGCUCGAAGUCUUGCAACACUGUCGCUCAGAGUUGUCACCUCUCUCUCUCUCUCUCAUCUCCUGGGUUCCUUUCUCUUCCGAGCCUCUCUUAUUUUUGCGAGCUCCUGGUUUUUUUGUUGUUGUACUGCGAUAGUCUUUGAGCAUCUCCACAUAGCCCCCCCUUCAUAUCACAGCGCACAUUCCCAUCAGCACUCAGACCGUAGAUCCAAGACAAUUCUUGGAUGGGCGUCUUGUUUCGAUAACUGUGAGCGGUUUGCAGGUAUCUAGCCGGCGGAGUCGUGUUCUUAACUCAAGCUCUGUCUCUGUGUUUAUCUCGUGGACUGAUUGUUAAAAGUGUCACGCUCUUGACGACACAAUUAAUUGACUUCAUCCGAAAUACUUUUUUUUAUUUUUAUUUGUUUAUUUGCCCUUGAAACUGAGAAUGGAGAUUUGUAACGGAAAUGCUGUUUGCGUCUCCCAACCUUUCCCAUGCAGUGUGCAUGUGGUGACAUUGUAGCCAAGCAAAGCUGCGCUUUCAUUUUUGUUUGAAGAAUUCCCUAUUCUUCAGAAACAAUCUGCAAAUCCGGAGCUCUACGUCGCUACAUACUUUUCAAUCGUGCGCAAUUGAAGCGCAAAUAGUGUUAGACGUCACGUUUUUAAUCCACCGCUGGAUACAAAUUGCUGUUGACGUUGUCAGGAGGUGAAAGCGCCAUCGUCUUGGUUGAGCUCGUUUGAGUCGAGCGUGUUGGUUUUCAUGUUCUUGUUUUCCUUGGUUACUCGCAAGAGUUGGUCUUUCAAAAGUGACAGAUAGUUGCGAGUGUAAUUCCGCCUAGGAGUUGGGCGGGUUGGCUUGAUUGUCGCGCUGGAUCUUCAAACGCCUCGCCGGGUGGUGCGUGGCGUUGGCGUUGCUCGUUACGUGAACGUGACAACGAAACGCGAAACGUCGAAACGUCAAAUCGCCGUGUACGGAGUGUUGGUCGAUGGACACGUUCCCCGUGUGUCCCAACAGUUGAGAUUCCCAGCGUAAGAUUAUUCAAUCUUCGGAUUCCCACGUAUUUUUUUUUGGGGGGGGGGGGGGGGGGGCGGGCAUUUAAAUACAUUAGCGAGCAAUACAUUUUUCAACUUCGUUCAAUUAAAUUGGCCGAACGAAUGGACCCCCCUCCCACUCCCCCCCUGCGAGUUACGUAGCCUGCGGUUGUGUCGUUGCAAGCAUAUAAUCAUUCUCCAAUUGUGUCUCGUGCCCUUGGUGUUCAACACAAACGGAUUUGUCCAUCAACCUUACAGAGAGCCAGUGGUUACAUUUUUUUAGGUGGAACUCAGCUUAUCGUAUUGGGAACCAUUCUUGUGUGUGUGUGUACAUAUAAAAGCAAAAAUAUCAUUAGCUGUCAACCCUAUAAUCUUAAGCCAUUCAAACCCAGUUAAGCGAGAAACGGUCUAGUUACUGAUCAUUUAGUUUCAGGGCACAAAUGUACAAACGGGUGUAUUUAAUUCUAAGAAAUGUGGUCAAAAAGGUUCUGUUGGGAUACAAUAAUAUUAUUACUGUUAUUUUUAAUGGCCAGGUGUGAAUUUAAUAAAGUAAUGCGGUUUGUUUGGGAACGAGCAGUCGUCCUUUGGCUUUUUUCUCAUAAUACGAUCGCUCUGAACCACGCACAGAAUCUGCUGUGCAUCCCCCGCCCCAUCGAGUUCGUGGGUCUCCCCCUAUAAUCAAUCGAACCACUGCCCGGAAGCACAAGCGGACGACGUGGAGGUGCAUCGGUGACGUCGCGAACCCGCGCCGUCCGCUUAAAGCGCGUCGGGCCAGUGCAGAGCCCCUCUCUCUCGCUCUCUCUCUCGGUGUCCGCGUUGCCACGAGCUGCUAGGGCUGUAACGACGCGGAGGUGACUGUGGCGCGCACGGUCUACAAAGGUCCGGGGCUGGAGCAAGGGAGGGGGGAGGGAGAGAUGGUUGUGGCUCCUCCGUCCCGCCUGCACCGCAGUCACCUUCCCAACGAUGAAAUUUGCGUAGUUAGUAGUAGUAGUAGCCUCGCUAAGGGGUUGCGUCAGGAGGUGCAAAAAUGUGCGAAGAGUUCAUUCUCGCUAAUGCUGUGACCCCUCGCCUGAUCGGUGACGGCAUGCGUGCCCGGGGACACGUCGGGUUGAAUUGGCGACAGCGAAUCGAGCGUUUGUCGGCGUCGAGCGUCUCAUCGGCCGUUGGGGGGGCGGCUUGUCACAAAUCGAGCGGCGUUGGAAUCGGCGUCGUUCCGGCGACAUCGCCGCCCUCCACUCGGCGACGUGCGGAAGCUCUCUCCGAUGUGCUUCUGGUGUUGCCCCCGCUGUACGUUGUCUCGUCGUUUCGCUUCGCGUGCUGGAGAAAAAUCUCCCCGGCACGUGGAAACGAAACGUCGGACGUAGCGCCGGAAGGCGCUCGGCGCGACCCGAACACGCUUCGGGAGAGCCGCACGGCACAACCGCAAAAGCCUGUUGCGGCGGCGGCGGCGGCGGCGCCAAUAGCCGUGGUGGCGAGCAGCUUCCGUGCGGGAAAUGCCAGUCUUCCCAGAUCGCGAUCGCGUUCCUGCUCCUCUCCCAAGGGAGCCGCGUUGCACCACCGCCUCGUCGGUCAACUGGAGCUCAAUGGUGGUACCCCUUUUUCCACUGGCACGUGAGCCGAGCACAAGGCCCCGGUGACGCGGCUGGUUUUCCACCGGCUUUCCAUGCCGUGCCGAGCCAGAACCAAACCACGAUACGCCGGACUUGCAAGACGUGUGAAUCUGGCUCCGUUGCAAGUCGGGCCAGGGGCUAACGCUAAUGGCACGUUUACUGCGUGCCACGUAGGUCCGGUACACUGCGAGGGCACGCGCAGCGUCGCUGCAUCCCCCAGUCGCAUCUCAACCCGUUCAUUACAUGCACCAUCAGUAGCGUACCGCUUGGCUCUGCUUCGUUGGAAAAAUUCAUUUCUGGCAACCACCUAAGCGGCGCUCCGGGCUCGCGCAGCGCACGGCCCUGGCACGCUCUCGGUGGUGCAGUGGAACAGAGGCACCCGCCGCAGGGCAGCGCUCGUGCUCGCACUCUCCCGUUGGCACCGCGCGCCACCGCGUCCGGCAACUCCCGGCGACGCGCAGUGGCGUGCGCGCUUGUUGGCAGGCGUCCACCGCGCUCCCCGGUCAGUCUCGCAUCGCCCCCCUCCACCCCCAAAAAAUAAAUGGUCUGAGCCGCGAUAAUGCAUCUUAUGCACCACCUUCCCUACCACCACAGAAAUGCUGUUGUUACCCUGAAUGUAAGAAACAAGCUAUUUGGCUGAAUUAAGGCACUCUGUGGUACUGUGAACCUUUAGCUUUUGAAUGCUUGCCGCAUAAAGAUACUUUGUUUUCCAGAGUGAUGAUAAUGAAUUUAGAGUGAUCUUAAUGGAGAUAUCUUUAAUUUUUCAAUAUUUUGUAGCAACCACGUAUUAUUACGUGGUCACAAUUUGCUAUUUAAUGCGUGAUUUUUUAAAUAUAUAUAAACCCUCCACCCACCACUCUCGCCUCCACUCGUUGAUUCCUAAUCAUUCAAAGUAGGAAUGCUUUCCAAUCUGGGAAUUCUGGAAUUUUAUACUGGCUUGGUAAAGCGGUCUGGGUACGGAGAGGGCUCUCAAGCGGAAGUGUAAUUUUCGGCUGAAUGCUGAACGUUGGUCUGUUUCGUUUGUUAUUUUUCACGUCUCGAUUCGGUGUGCGUGUGCUCGCUCGGUUGUUUACUAUGAUUUCGGGGUGGGGGGGGGGGUAUAUCGGAUGGGGGACGGGUCGGACACAAAUUAUAUUCAACGUGGGGGAGGGGGGGCAGUCGUUGACAAUUAUUUUUUGCAUGACUCAGCUGUGAAAUAAAAAAAAGAAUCUCUGGGUUUGAUAGCUGUGUUUUUAUUGUCAUCAUGAUUAUUCACUAAGAGUGAACUGUUGGCCACGAGCCUUGAAACCAGUUUGAGUAUGGUAUGCCAUUCGUGGCUCGUGAGUGAAAAUACACGGCUCGAUGUUGCUCAUGAUGAGAUGUGUAAAUACUGUUUGUCCCCAACUGGUUUGAAGUGUCGCGUACGGAGCGCCUGAGCAGCCAUCGCGGCCUCUGGCAUCGAAACAUCUCGGCGGUUUUUUUGUUGUCGUGGCUUCGUGCGACUUCACAGCGAGGAUUUUGUAUCAUCCCUAAUUGGCGUCGGGACCGAUGUCGCGUUUAAGCUAGCAAGUGGGGAGUGAUGUGCUAUAAGGUGAGAGCAUCACAAAAAAAUACAUUCAAACGGUAUCAGAACAUGUGAGUGGCUGGCUUCAUAAACGCUGCAAGAAAAUAAAAUGUUUUACUAAA